UAUCUCGAAAUACACGUAUGUCAUCAGCAUGCUUUAAAUAAAAGUUUUUUUUCUUGUAACUUCGAUAUUUAACGAGUUAAGUAUGAUUAACCAUUUCAAGACUCUCGAAUACGGCGCCAAUAAUAGUUCAGUCGACAAUUUGGUUUGGCUAUGGCUUAGUACAAAAUUGAAUUUGAAAUUUCGAAGAAAGCAAUGACUACUUCAAUCGCGAGCAAUGAUCAAGCGAAGAAUGUGCCUAAGAAACUGAAACAGGAUCAGGAACUUAUUAAUCCUUGUUACAAGGAAUCUCUUAUAAGUGCGCAAUGCCUAGAGAGAAAUCAGUACGAUUACACGCUGUGCGAAGUUCAAUUUGAGAAUUACAGGGUUUGCAAAAGAUUCUGGUCGUCUGUGAUAUCCAAACGGAGACUCGAGGGUGUAAUGCCCAUCGUCCCUCCGCCGGAUGAACGAGAAAAAAUAAGAAAGGAAUUCAUAAAUACUCUGCACCACUAAUGCAGAUAAUGCGGUGCUAAUAAAUUUUUGUACAUAGAACAUCAGAUUAUUAUUUUCUCCCGUUGUAAUUGACCUUUUGUUACGAUACGAUGAACAUAUUGAAUAAAAAUGUGUCUGAAAUCAA